AUGGUACCCCUAAUUACGGACCCUGAUGGUAAUUGUCUUUACAAUGCUGUUAAAGUACUAAUGCCAAAGUUUGAGGCAAGUCCUGUUGAACUUCGAGUUCGAGCAAAUGUUGAAUUAGCAGUAAAACUGAAAGAUUACCAGCAAACAUACCCCCAUUGUACAGAUUUUAUUGAUCCGUUUCGUCAAUAUCAAAGAACAGAAGUGAUCUACGAUAAGAAGGAUUCUACAUUAUGGGAGAUUUUAGCACUAUGCAAUAUUCUUCAAUGUUCAAUCCGAUCUGUUUAUCCAAAGAUUAAUGAAGAUACUGAUGAAGCUGGAAUGUCAUAUCUUCUUAAUAAAACAUUUCAUCCAUUUUCAACAACUAAUUCAACAAAGUCAACAUCAACAAUUACACUAAUGUGGACACAUACAGCUGAAGAGGGUACUGUACGUACAGUUAAUUAUGGUAUGUGGAUACCAAAUCAUUUUGUUCCACUAGUUUAUUAUUAUGAUACAAAACCAUCGUUUACAAGUGAACGGCAUCCAACACUGAGCAAAACAAAUAAGCUAUCAUCACACAUACAAGCAAGAGAAUCAAAAGUAAAAGUGUGUGAAACAGAAGAUCAUACCCAAAACGAAAAAAGUACAAAGUCUUCCAAUCCUCUUCAGUCAGAUGACAUACGGACUGAUAUUUUUUCUGAUGCUAUAAAAGAGGAUACAGGUGAACGAACAUUAAGAAUUAACAUUGAAAAUUUUAUUAAGAAAGAUAAUACUUUAAAAGAUAACACAGUGAUUGAAGAAAUUGUCCGAAAAUCAUUAGAUCGUUUGAAAAAAAGCUCCCAAGUACGUGACAAAGAAAUUUUGAAGAAAGAAGUUAGAAAAAAACUUAAUAAUUUAAUAUCACAUAAAAACGCUUAUGCCAGAAAACAUCAUCAAAAACAAUCUGCCAGUUGGCCACAAUAUUACAUUGAAGUGAAGGUUCUAGUAGAACCAUUUGGCCACUCUGUUGUGGUAAAUGAGGACGAAGCUGACGAAGCACUCAAGUUUUCUCCACACGCUACAUCAUCUUCAACAACAACAACAGCAACAAAAAAAGCAUCACCUCCAAUCCAAUUUUCGGGAAUACAGUUUCGUGGAAGACAUGAUCAAAAAUAUAUAGCAAAUACAGAUCUACGACCUCGUAUUCCUGCCGUUCAUUUCAAUGUUGCAUCUUCUCCCUCUCCUUUGUCUUUAUCCCCACGUGUUUCAUCCGUUGAUGAAAAUUUAAAAAUAAUUUUCAAUCAAGCUACUAAGCUUGUUGCAUAUCAAAGUAACUUUAAUCCACAUGAUGAUGACGAUGACGAUGACGAUAUACAACAAAAAAGCACUGGAAAUGUAAAUGUCAGCAACAAACAGAAAAUAGCUUCAACAUCAACGUUGAGAAAAGAUGUUAGUGGUUCCAUCGAUUUUUCAGACUCGGACGGUGAAAGUGAAUAUGAUGAAGAUUAUUUAAGUAAUAGGGAAAUUUUGGUAAAACGGCUAUCAAAUACAUUUGCAAAAAUGGCAUUAAGUUGGAAAAUGCAAUUUUCGAUUACUAACAGGGCUUAUGUUUCAUUAAUUGAACUUAUACAGAAGCUGGGCCGAAGUUUGCCACAAUUUAAAGUUGUCAACAAGUUAAAACAAACAAUUAAAGGACAAAUUCCAUUACAAGAAUGCAAAUAUGGGUGGUAUUUACAUGUGUUUCAUGCUGCAUUAGCCGGUUGA